CUCUCUCGUUUUUCAGUCGGUUUCUCUCUCUAGAACAAAUUUCGGAGAUUCCGCCAUGGAAGCUCCGACCAUUCUUCGGAAACCCGGAAACUUCGCCGGCCGGACCAACGUUGGUUCGAGAAUUGUUCGGAUUUCAAUGACCGACCCGGACGCUACGGACUCGUCAUCCAGUGACGAAGAUGCGGUGAAUUUCACGCGCCGCCGUGUGAAGCGGUAUGUUGGCGAGAUCACCAUCGGCACGGCGGCGGGCGAGGGUGGCCGGAAGAAGAAAAAGAAGAAGAAGACGGGUAACGUGAGGAAGUUUCGCGGCGUCCGGCGGCGGCCGUGGGGGAAAUGGGCGGCCGAGAUACGAGACUCCGACCGCCGUGUACGGAUGUGGUUGGGGACUUACGACACAGCAGAGGAGGCCGCUAUAGCGUACGACAGCGCUGCCGUGAAGCUCCGAGGACCAACAGCUUUAACUAACUUUCCCACUCCGCCGCCACCGCCGCCAUUUUCUUGCGACGACCCAUCGUCUCCGACAAAUCUCUCUUCUCCGACAUCGGUCCUCCAUUACAGAACUCACCUCGCCGAAUGCUUGCCGUCGGACCGGGCCACCGUAAACGGCGGCGGCGCCGACGUAUCUCCGGUAGUCGAUUUUCUCUUCUCCGACGACAUAUUCAAAUCGAUUAUUUUGGAACCGCCUUUUUUUCUCGAGUACCAAACAAGUCCCAUACCGGAAACUCCAUGGGCCGGCGGCGGCGGCUGGGGGGAAACGGUGGGAGCGGCGGAGUGCAAUAAAAAAGUAGAAGAAGAUGAUUAUUUUGAAGAAAUUUUGAUGGGGUCGGAUCCUUUGGUGGUCCUAUGA